CCCACACGUGUGGUGACUAAACAAUGUACACAGAUAACGAGUAUUUAUGCUUACAUUACAUUAUUAACGAAAUGGAUUCUUCAACAACAAAAUCAAAGCAUGACGGGGCUACCCAUGAGCAGCUUGAGCUAUAUGUAGCAUUUUGUCAGGCACAUCCAGAAAUUGGCAAUAGAAAAAACUCAACAAAGUCGCCUCAGGAAAUACAGGAGUUAUGGAAGCAGCUAGCAGAGGAGUUAAAUUCAUAUAGAGGGCCAACACGUAGUGUAGCAAAAUGGAAAGAAACUUUGAGUGUGUGGAAGAGCCAACUGCACAUACGGGGAAAGCGUUGGAAAAUGAGCCAGAGGCUAACUAGUGGAGGACCAAGUUCCAAACCGCUAAGCGAUUUCGAAAACAAGGCGUUAACGACGUUUGAUUUGCUUACUGUUAAUGGGACAAAGAGCUUUGAGUUGAUGUCAAAUGAGCCUUUAACAGUUGAUUGCUCAACAACACCUACUGAAACUGCAUCGUCCUCUGGUAGUCGCCUGCCAUCAUGCAGCCCGCCACUACUACCGUUUAACCACGAGCAACCGGCAAGCCCAGAACCAUCAGUAAAGCCUGCAUUAUCUCCAUGCAAGUCGCAAAGCUUGGAAAAUUAGGGUGCUCUCACACGAGGUAAUCGCAAAAAACUUCUUAGCACAUUGAUAGGUGAUAUAGUAAAAAGGAAUGCUGCUGAGGAAGAAAGGCAACGAAUUGAAAGUGAAAGACGACCGGAACACCGGGAAAUGAUGCAGGCGAUCCAAGACCUGACUAAUACUGUUGUUGAAGAGGAAAGGCAACGCAUUCAAAGCGAAAGGCGGCAGGAACAUCGGGAGAUAAUGCAAGCCAUCCAAGGCCUGAAUAAUACUGUUACACAGGCGGAAAGGCAACGCACUGAAAGCGAAAGGCGGCAGGAACACAGGGAGAUAAUUCAGGCUAUCCAAGGCCUAACUAAUACUGUUGCUGAAUUUCUUAAUGUACUGAAACAAAACCUUCAUAACGGGUCAGAAUAAAAUAAUUUUAAAAAAAUUUAA